AUGUCUUAUGUAGAUGAAGUGAAUACCGUGCCAUGGGUAGCCAAAACGUAUUGUAGAAAUAGCUUAACUAUUGUGGUUCUCUCAGUUGAUGCUCACAUAGUCGAGAAUAUAUCAGAAGCUUUGAUAGAUAUCCACAAUAAGCACAACCAUCACUGGAAAUUGAGUGUUUUAAGAUGUACAGAGUUGGACAAUAUAAUUCAGCAAUCGGACAUCACAGGAAAAAUAGGAAUUGAUUUUAUUGUAAUAGCGUUGGAUACUAGUAGAAUGUUCUGUAUUGAUUGGAUGAAAAAAUCACUGGAGCAAGUCCAUCCUGCAUUAAGAAUACGAAGAGUAGUGUUUGUGAAUUCAAGUGGCCUAUCUGCUAAUAUGACAGCUGUAAAUGGUAGUGAAUUGAUAUCAUUUUGCAAAGAGAACAAUUUAGAUAUAAUGACUGCAAAUACUAGCAACAGACACGAAGCUGAGUUUUUAGCACAAAGGUUAUUAAAUUAUAUUGAAGUAUCCAUUGGCAAUAGGACAGGAAUACCUAACUUAAAUGUGUGA